GCCGGCGGACGGGGGAGGGAUGCGGUGGACCAGAGGGCUCGCGGUUUGUUUGGGUCGUGGGCGGUGCGCGCACAGCCCGGGAAAUGGCGGCGCCGAGCGCAGGCCCCCGGUCAGCCCUCCAGCAAAAGGGGCUGAUGACCGCUGAUAGGGGGCGCAGGAUACUGGGAGUGUAUGGCAUGCAUCCUGACCAUCAGGAAGCUCUAAAAAAGAACCGAGUGGUGCUGGCCAAACAGCUGUUGCUGAGCGAACUGUUAGAACAUCUCCUGGAGAAGGACAUUAUCACCUUGGAAAUGAGGGAGCACAUUCAGGCCAAGGUGUGCAGUUUCAGCCAGAAUGUGGAACUCCUCAACUUGCUGCCCAAGAGGGGCCCCCAGGCUUUUGAUGCCUUCUGUGUGGCCCUGAGGGAGACCAAGCAGGGUCACCUGGAGGACCUGUUGCUCACAACCCUGGCUGGUCUUCAGCACCUACUCCCACCGUUGAGCUGCGACUACCACUUGCGUCUCCCUUUCCCGGUGUGUGAGUCCUGCCCCCCCCGCAAGCAGCGCCGCCUGUCGCCAGAUACAGUGGAACACUCCCUAGACCAUGGAGAUGGGCCUCCCGGCCUUCAGGUGAAGUCUUGCACUCCUGAGUUUUAUCAAGCGCACUACCAGCUGGCCUAUAGGUUGCAGUCUCGGCCUCGUGGCCUGGCACUGGUGCUGAGCAACGUGCACUUCACUGGCGAGAAAGACUUGGAAUUCCGCUCUGGAGGGGAUGUGGACCACAGCACUCUAGUCACCCUCUUCAAGCUCUUGGGCUACAAAGUUCAUGUUCUUCUUGACCAGACUGCACAGGAAAUGCAAGAGAAGCUCCGGGAUUUUGCCCAGCUACCCGCUCACCGUGUCAUGGACUCCUGCAUAGUGGCGCUCCUCUCCCACGGCAUGGAGGGCGGUGUCUAUGGCGUGGACGGCACGCUGCUUCAGCUACAAGAGGUUUUCCGGCUGUUUGACAAUGCCAACUGCCCGAGCCUACAGAACAAACCGAAAAUGUUCUUCAUCCAGGCCUGCCGUGGAGAUGAAACGGAUCGUGGGGUCGACCAGCAAGACGGGAAGAACCAUGAGCGAUCCCCCGAGUGCGAGGAGAGCGAUGCCAGUAAAGAGGAGGGGCUGAAGAUGCGACUCCCCACUCGCUCGGACAUGAUUUGUGGCUAUGCCUGCCUCAGAGGGACCGCUGCCAUGCGCAACACCAAGCGGGGCUCCUGGUACGUGGAGGCCCUCACUCAGGUGUUCUGUGAGAGGGCCUGUGACAAGCAUGUGGCCGACAUGCUCGUGGAGGUGAACGCGCUCAUCAAGGAGCGUGAAGGCUACGCCCCGGGCACGGAGUUCCACCGAUGCAAGGAGAUGUCCGAGUACUGUAGCACUCUGUGCCACCACCUCUAUCUCUUCCCGGGACACCCUCCCACGUGAUGCCGCCUCCCAUCACCUGUGCCACAGGGAGGCCGCUGGACCACGGGAGGUGUGAUAGAGCCUCCUGUCUCCAGGACGCACGGUUUCUGUCCAUCCCCCUCAGGGAUUGGGAAUAUCCCAGGCUCAUUUCACACGCCCAUCGUCUCCAUCUUUGACCUCGGACUACAGGCCGGCUACUCCCAUGGGAGGCUCUCUCCCUGUGGAGCCAGCUCCGGCUGGACUUGUUGCCUGGAGCGCUUGGCCUCAGUUGAGGGACCUGGCAAGUGAUGUUACGAACAUAGUGUCUCGAUGGGGAGAGGGCAUGUGGGUUUCCUCCAUGUUUGUGUUCAGUUUCUGCCCCCAGGGCUCUUGUAGGAAGCGUUUGGUGAUUGCUUUUAUUACUUUAGUUGAGAUGUCUCAGAGGUCAUCUCCCAUCUUUUCUGUCACAUCUCCGCCCCAUUUGUCUCAGAGUGAGAGUUUAGAAGGUGUCCUGGUUUAACAUAGACCUUUUUCAUUUGGUUUCAAAAGGCCGAGCAGGACAGGAGUCACUCUGCUGCUGUGGGUGGGCCCGUACCUGUGCAUUCAUUCCCUUCGGUUCCAGAAUGUCACCCCCCGGAAGGACUGCCUUCUCAACUCCGCUCUCGGCUCCUUAGGGCUCAGGGAAUCCAGCGUUCAGCAGAGGUUAGGGUUUGGUUGCCUUGUAUCUGUUGCCUGUUGAUCUUUGCCCAUGGAAGUUUCAAAGAUCUUCUCAUUGGCUGUCCUUUCUCCGUGCUUUGUACCUGAACUGAGCCCUGCAGGGAGUGUCAGCAGAGGCAGAUAAGAGCGGCAUGCUUGCUCGUACUCUGUAACCUGUCACCUUACCCUCGUUUUUCUUCCUAUGAAGUGUCCCCUCUAUAAAAGCUUCCUAGUUAUCUCCCUGCUUCCUGUUUUCCCCUCUUCCCCUUCGUCUCAUCCUGUUUACUGCUGCCACCAGCUCUAAAAUACUGCUUAAUUGGAUCAUUUGGCUGCUCAAGGAUGCGAUGUAUAGUACCUUGUUCCCUCUUUCUGCUUCAGUAUUAAAUCCCCUCUUGAUUUUAUGUGGCCUAUUUCCCCUUCCUGUUAUGACUUUCCAUUUCAGGGAGACCACUGCUAUAUAUGUUAUUUGUUCACCCUAGAAGCCAUCUUUAUCUGUGCUUUUAUGAAACUUCCCUAUUCUUUUUUUUUUUUUUUUUUUGCGGUAUGUGGGCCUCUCACUGUUGUGGCCUCUCCCGUUGCGGAGCACAGGCUCUGGACGCGCAGGCUCAG